AAUUCCCCUCCUCUUCUUCUUCUUCUUCUUCUUCUCUCUAACCUCUGUUUCCCAAAGCUUGGGUCUUUAAUUCGCCCCGUUGGGAAUUGGCUCGGUUUCUUUUCUGGGUACUCCUCUCUUCCCGAGUUGCGUCCAAUCUCCGAGGAUUUGCAUCGGUUUCCGGGGUCAAUCCCGUCGAUUCGAAUCUGCUCGAGUGCUGAUACAAGCCGAUUUGAUCUCGGAAGGGGUAGCAAACGGAUUGAUUGUGGGAAUUGAAUUGCCCCCAUCAGGUUUGUCAAUAGCAUAAAUUUGGUCCUUGAUGAAUCUCUGCUGCUAGACUUGUGUCAUUCUCAAGAUGAGUAAUCAGUGUCCUGAGGAUCCCGAAGAACGGACCGUGGUGGGCUUUGAGCUCCCAAGAUCCCCCGAUUCAAGUUACAACAACACGUAUGCCGUGAGCGAAGAUGAGGCACGGGACCCGCCUCUCGUCCCGCAGCAACUUCUGAACCCUUUGCUCGGCUGCCCCGCGACCAGAGAUGCCUCUGAAAGCCUUCCACCUCCCAUGAGCGUGCUCCUAAACCACCUUUACAUCGAGAACAGGGAGGCUCCGCGCUCCGUCGUGGCUCUCGGGUUCACCCACCGCUUCCAUUCCAAGUAUGUCAGCGUCGUGUUGUACAAAGCAGUUCAGAGAAGAGGGGGGACAGGCUCUUGAUGGAAAUCGAUUUCUUCACGUUUCGUCGAGUUACCGAUUCGAUUGUCCUUCAUGCGACAGUGGGUAGCUUGAAAAGAAAAUGACUUGAAGUCGCUUUAGCCGAAUGCUUAUUGUUUCUCAGAGUUCUUCCUGUGUUUGGUUGAUGCUCCAUGUCAUUCAACAUCAUUGUUUACGAUACAGGUUGUAGUCUAGUGCUUGGAUUGAGCAUUGGGAGGGAUGUUUCUUUUUGGCCCUUUUUAGAUUGCGCUUGGAAAUGCUUUACAAAGCAACUUUGACGUUCUA